CUCUCAAUUAUUUCGGCUCGAUCAACGUCAUAAACUUUUUUCCCGCCGCACAAAAACACAAAUGCAUGCACUCAAACCCUGAUGAUCCUCAUUCACCCUGUAAAUGCUAACCCCGCCCUGCUCAGAUCUCUGCGUUGGUUCCUGAACCCGCUCUCAUGCUGUCUUCUCUCUACUUCUCUUCUCCACUCUCGCUCCCUUUCACCCCUCAAAGAAAGACCAACCAACUGGAACACAACCCACACUCUUGUUCGAACGAACCCGCUCCUCUCCCUCUUAGAGCAAUGCCAAUCCUUGUCCCAGUUGAAGCAAAUCCAAUCCCAAAUGAUCCUCACUGGCUUAUUUUCGGAUGGGUUCGCCCUUAGCCGGCUCAUCGCCUUUUGCGCGAUCUCCGAGCAGCGAAAUCUUGAAUAUUGCACCAAGAUUUUGUACAAUGCGCGAGACCCAAAUGUUUUUUCGUGGAACGUUGCUAUUAGAGGGUAUUCGGAAAGCGAAAGCCCUGAAGAAGCGGUUGUGCUGUACAAGGGAAUGUUGCGCAAGGAAGGGUCGAGACCGGAUAAUUAUACUUACCCUUUGUUGCUUAAAGUUUGUGCUAGUUUAUCCUUGCAAUUGAUGGGAAGUCAGAUUAUCAGUCAUGUAUUAAAGUUGGGUUUUACUAUGGAUAUAUACGUGCACAAUUCGGUGAUUCAUAUGUUAGUUUCAUGUGGAGAAUUGGGUACAGCACGUAAGGUGUUUGAUGAAGGUUUUGUUAGAGAUUUGGUUUCUUGGAACUCUUUGAUUAAUGGCUAUGUUAGAAGUGGGUUUGCAGGUGAGGCAUUAAGUCUCUAUCGAGAAAUGGAAGUUGAAAGAGUAAAGCCAGAUGAGGUUACGAUGAUUGGGGUGGUUUCUUCAUGUUCCCAGCUAGCAGAUCUGAAUUAUGGGAGAGAAUUUCAUCGGUAUAUUGAAAAAAAUGGGUUGAAUUUUACACUUCAACUUUCUAAUGCGCUCAUGGAUAUGUAUAUGAAAUGUGGGAGUCUUGAGGAGGCACAAGCAAUAUUUGAUAGCAUGACGAGGAGAACAAUUGUCUCUUGGACUACUAUGAUCGUGGGCUAUGCCAAAACUGGGUUUCUGGAUAUUGCGCGGAAGCUUUUCUAUGAGAUGCCGGAAAAGGAUGUUAUUCCGUGGAACGCAAUAAUUGGUGGUUAUGUUCAGGCCAAGCGCAGCAAGGAAGCUUUGACUUUGUUUCAUGAAAUGCAGGCUAGUAAUAUCAAGCCUGAUGAGGUGACCAUGGUUAACUGUUUAUCUGCAUGCUCACAACUUGGAGCGCUUGAUGUUGGAAUCUGGAUCCACCAUUACAUAGAAAAACACAAUCUCUUUUUGAAUGUUGCCUUGGGAACUGCGCUAGUUGACAUGUAUGCCAAGUGUGGGAACAUCAAAAAGGCUCUCGGGGUUUUCCAGGAGAUGCCACAGAGAAACUCACUGACUUGGACAGCCAUUAUCUGUGGCUUAGCUCUUCAUGGGAGUGCACAUGUUGCUCUCUCUUACUUUGUGGAAAUGAUUGACAUUGGGCUGCUUCCCGAUGAGAUAACCUUUCUUGGGGUCUUAUGUGCUUGUUGUCAUGGAGGUUUGGUUGAAGAGGGUCGGAUGUAUUUUGCUCAAAUGAGCUCCAUAUUCAACGUUAUUCCCAAGCUCAAACACUAUUCCUGCAUGGUGGACCUUCUAGGUCGGGCCGGUUUUCUAGAAGAGGCAGAACAGCUUAUUAAAUGCAUGCCAAUGGAGGCAGAUGCAGUUGUAUGGGGUGCAUUGUUCUUUGCUUGUCGCAUGCAUGGAAAUGUUACGAUGGGAGAACGGGCAGCUUCGAAGCUUCUUGAGUUGGAUCCUGGUGACAGUGGAAUUUAUGUUUUGCUUGCAAAUAUGUAUGGAGAAGCAAAUAAGUUUGAAGAGGCUAGGAAGGUGAGGAAGAUGAUGAUAAGGAGAGGAGUGGAGAAGACUCCAGGUUGUAGCUCGAUUGAGGUGAAUGGCAUUGCCUACGAAUUUAUUGUUCGGGAUAAAUCACACCCUCAAUCUGAACAGAUUUAUGAAUUUAGUUCACUUAACAAGACAAUCGGAGCUAGUUGGAUGCAUAUUGUGAAACAGUAUUUCCUCUAUAGUGCCGAAGUUGGCAAGCAAAUCUGAAGAAGCAGGUUGUGAUAAAAAACCUGGAAGCUUGUUGCUUUUCUGCCCCUAAAAGGGACAAGAUAUAUCCCAGGUGUUAUUUGUCAAACUCCAACACAGGUCUUAAACAUGGAAUGUCAGAUAUAAUUUUUAAGAAGCUGGAAUUUCACAAAAGAUCAGGAUCUAAACAAAAUUAAAUCAUGUGUUGUGGCUUUUGAAUGGAAGGCCAGGUUCGUCAUUUAAGUUGUACUGAAGAUCCAAAGAAAUUGGACGUCUAUUGAAAAAUGGUUUGCCGAUGUUAUAGCACCUGGUAAACUGCCUAGUAGACGGUAGCCGACAAAAAGUUGCAGUUUGGGAUGGUGAGCAAUCCAACGUAUGGUUUGAUUCAUAUCUGCCACUGGGUGAGGUUCAAAUCAGUUGGCGUCGCAGGUCUUUUACCAGGCGGUCUUCAGGGUUUUCUCUUCUGGAAAUGUGCAUUCUCUCUUUAUGCCAAUGAUCCAGUCCUGAAUAUUGCAGGUUGGUAUUAAGUAGUAUUUAUUGAAAGAUGCAUUUUGGUAUUCUGCUGUCUUUUUUGUUUCGUAUUUAUUUGUAGAUCGAUUAUAAACUUGAGUUAAUGUUAAAUUUCCAUGUUUCUCACGA